GGAAGAUAUCAGCAAGCCAGAGUAGGUGAAACGGGAAGGAAGUGAUCAUAACGGAAUUGACUUUGAGGUGAAGACAUUAUCCAAUAUGAAAGUGUUUGCAGCGCUGUGCGCCUUAGUAAACCUUCUGGUCCAUGCGCAGGAAGGAAGACUUGGUCUCGGGGAUCAUUGCAUUCCGGGAUCUGUAAACUGCACGGUAGAAAACUCGGAUUGUUUGGGUGAACCAGGCUCAGAAACGUGUCAGUGCCUAGAAGGAUACGUGGAAGAUGCGGACACGUGCAGCAUUAUUUCAGAACGGCAAGGAGAACUCGGCGAAGAAUGUGAUCCAUCUCUCGAAGAAUUGGCUUGUCUGGAUCCGAACGCGGAAUGUCCAGUUAACGGACCAUUCCCAUUUUGCCAGUGCAAAGAAGGAUUUGUGGAAGACGCUGGGAUAUGCAGGCUUCCAAACCUAGGUGAUGAGUGCAACCCUAUUGAAGGAUGCGCCGAUGAGAAUACGGAAUGCAUCGAGAUUGGAGAGAAUUGGAUAUGCGAUUGCAUUUGGGGAUUUCUCGAGGAAGAGGGAGAAUGUAAGAAAGCAACGGGAGUGCAUUGCAUGGAUACGACUGAGUGCGUGAGCAAUGCUGAAUGUACAGGGACAUCCGGCGCUGAAACAUGCGAGUGCGUUGAGGGAUUCCUGGAUGAUUCUGGAUAUUGCACGCAAACGGGUCAGUGUCUGGCAGUAAUCAAGAAAGAGCGCUCGGGCCUCCUGACCGAUGGGGGUCAUCUCCUCUACGACGUCAGUGUGUCCAAGGCCCUCUGCAUACAAGCGCUGAGGGCCAUGGACAAUGCUGUGCACAUUUGGCUGAGAGGUGCUGGAACAUCCACCAUAUAUCCCCGAUUUAUCGACCUGCGAUUUCAAGAUCUUCGGAGCACUGAAACGGGAACUGAAAGGCACGCGUUUCCGCUCGAACGACGAAGGAAGCAGUCAGGGACAUUCGGCAGCGGCUGCCUCAGUCGUUCUAUGACCAUUACAACGGCUCGUGACCGAAUGGGGCAAGUGCCUCAACGCCGGUGGGGCGGCUUCCCACACUGGGUGAGGAAUGCUUACCUGAGGUUGGAUGUCAUCCCCUCAAUUCAGAGUGUGCAGUUCUUGAUUCCAAUUACAUCUGCAGCUGUGAAGAUGGAUUCGUGGAAGACACAGGCCACUGCUGUGAGUUUCUUUGUUGUUGUGGUGGAAGCUGGAGGGUCUUGCACAGACACAUCUGAUUGCGUGAGUUAUGCUGACUGCGAUGAUGGCACUUGUACGUGCAGACCGGGAUACAUCGAGGAGCUUGGUCAAUGCAAGGUGCCGGCUGGAUGGUCUUGCUCAGAAUCACAUGACUGCGUGAGUAAUGCUGAAUGCACUGAGGACAUUUGCACGUGCCUCCCGGGACACGAAGAAGUGCUCGGUGACUGCACGAAAAUCCCCCGUGGCCUGGGAGACGAUUGCGAGAUGGAUGAGGACUGCAACGCAGAUCUUGCAUUGGAGUGCGACGACGAGCUGAAGAGAUGCUAUUAA